AUGCACACAUCGGUUGGAGGACCGUCAAAAUCGAUCGAUGGUUCUUCUUCUCUCAAUCAGAUUGCGACAAAAUAUUUUUUAUCAUGUACAUCAGCGUUGGUGGCGGAAACGGUUACUUAUCCAUUGGAUAUCACUAAAACGAGGCUGCAAAUAGCCAAAAACAAAUUUACCAGAGGAGGUUUCGUUUUCCCUGUUUUUGAGAAACCAUUGAAUCUUUUGAGGAAUGAUUCAAGUGACGUACGAUAUUAUCCGAAAAGAAGGAGCGAUGGCCUUGUGGACGGGUGUUGCUCCGGCCAUUACUCGUCAUUAUAUCUACACUGGGAUAAGAAUGGGAGCCUAUGAGUGGAUUCGUGGCCUAACUUUUCAUCCAGAAGUUCGGUUUUUUUCAUUUCCAUUUCUGGACUCCUGUUCGUCUUCUUGGUUUCUCGAACAGUUUUUGUUACAGAAGGAGAAAUCGUUUCCGAUUUGGAAGUCAAUGUUGAGUGGCGCCGGCUCUGGUCUUGUCGCUCAGUUUGCAGCUAGUCCGACAGAUUUGGUAAAGGUAACGAUUUUUGAAAAACAACUUUUUAACUUUUUAUCAGAUUGAAGGAAAUUUGUUUAAUUGCUCAAUUUUCAGGUUCAAAUGCAAAUGGAAGGCCUUCGACGGCUGCAAAAUCAACCUCUGAGAUACACUGGCGCCUGGAAUUGUUUCGUUUCUCUUUACAGGACACAAGGUGACUUUUUCAUAAUGUUUUCUCUAAAAUGUAAUCUCAAGGCUUCUUCGGGCUUUGGAUCGGCUGGUUGCCAAAUUGCCAAAGAGCAGCCUUGCUCAAUAUGGCCGAUAUAGCCACCUACGACAACACGAAACACGCUUUGAUUGACGAAGUUGGCCUCAAGGUAUUUCUUUUUAAUUCGGAUGAACCUUGUUUGCUUUACUUUCAUGUUUUAUUUCGGAAAAACCGGUUUUCUAGGGCGUUUCUUGUCUUCUUGUCACCUUUCUUUUGUUUUUUCUCUUUUCGCUCUUCGCUCAAUUUUCACUUUUUAUUGAAGGAUCAAAGAAAUACGAGAACUUCUGAUUUUUAUUGUAUUCAAGAACUCGUUAUCCAUUCAUCUCCCCUUCUUUGGUGGAGAAAGGCAAAGAUUUAUUUUUUUUUUAAGUGCACAUAUUCUUCUUUUUUUUUAGCGAUUUCUCGCAAUCAACUCAGAAAUAUUCUAAUGAAGUUCUUCAAUUUUAGUUUCGAAACAGCGGUAAAAGAUCGCAUUUUUUCCACUAUAAGAAAGUGAAAGAAUUGGAUGAAUACCUUUUUCAGUCCAACAGCUUUAAGAUGGCUUUAGGUGAUUACCUUUUUGAAGCUCGAUUAGAAAUGCGAUAAAGACGAAUCGAUUCAUCAGUUUUUUUUAAAUUCUUAUGAAGUGUUUCCUUUUUUUUUUUCAAAUUUUCUUCCUCACUUCUCUCACAUCGAUUUCACAGCCUUUUUCAAUGAUUUUACUAAUUAUCUCAUGUUUUUUUCUCCCAGGACAACUGGAUAACGCACGCGAUCGCAAGUGCUUGCGCAGGUCUUGCGGCGGCAAUUGUUUCCCUUCCCUCAGACGUCGUCAAAACGAGAAUGAUGGACCAAAUUCGGCACGAAUUGGACGCAAAAAUGUAAAUUUCCUCCCUUACAGUUUUGUGAAUUGAGUUUAACGUCUACUGAGUUUUCGUGACCUCAAAAAAUGUUGAUAUAGAUCUUUAUUAAGAAGUUUUUCGAUAUUUCGAGGCAGCAAAAAAAACUUAUGAGUCAAAGAUUUCUUUUUAAGUUAGCGAAAGUUUUUUUCAUCGAAGUCUCCAGAGUAUGGGGGGCAAAAAGUUCUUUAGUAGGGGUGUAAUUUGGGCAUCAAUGAAAACAAGUUUAAACCUCAGGGAGGUAAUCUUGACUCUAUUACGAAUAUACUUUGAAGGAGAGGAUGAUGGCUUUCAAAAAUGAUCUGCCGAUAUAUGAAUAUCAUACGCAGAUUUAAAGUUCUUAGCGAUUGUCAAUUCCGGAAAUGUUCAGGAUGAAAACGAAAAACACACACGUUGAUCUGUACAACGGAGUCGUCGACUGCUACAUGAAAAUAAUACGAAACGAAGGAUUUUUCUCGCUUUACAAAGGCUUCUUGCCAAGUUACAUUCGAAUGGCCCCUUGGUCUCUCACUUUUUGGGUUUCUUACGAGGAAAUCAGGAAAUGGACGGGAGCUUCCAGCUUCUGAAGUGACCUCUUCAGUGUAUGUACAAAGUUAGGUAGUUUAACGUCUAGAAAAUGAAAUUUAGCAUAUUUUUUGCGUUGUUUAUUCUUUUGGAACUGAUUGACGGGUGUUAUCGAACCAAAGGUCGAUGAUCAUUUAGGCAACACAUGACUUCGAGUGCCAUUUUUCCCUGUCCAAUUGUUUUAUCUGCACGGUGCUCUUUCAUUCAUUUUUAUCAAGUAUGUACUCAUUUUUUAGAUUUUUUUUCUUUCUCACAUUGUGUUAUAGUUUGUUUGUCAUAUUGCUCCAUGUCGGUAGACUCAUAAGAAGAUUUAACUUUUUUGCUUGUUUUUCUUUCUUCUCAUUGGUUCGAACAGCCAAAUGGAAUACUAGAAUCAGGAAUGAACUUGAACAUUUUUUUGUCUUUUUUAGAUGAGACUCUUAUCAACGGGUGUCUCUUGGUCUAGUUCGACGACACGAUUCGCAUCGAAUUACUACGAUGCGGUGAUUGUCGGCGGAGGAUUAGUUGGAAAUGCUAUGGCUUGUGCUUUAGGUUAAGAUCAGCUUGUUUUCAGCAGCUUUUUCUGAGAUAGAAGUUCGAAAGUGUAUCAAAAAGACAAGGAUCACUGAAAAUUAUAUACUAUGCGAACUUUUGAGAAGUCUUUUUUUUAUUACUCUGACGGUCCGUUUUCAAGUUUUAUUUUCCGAGUAAAGAAAUUUUUAGUAGAACUUUUGAAUUCGCUAAGCAUUUUUUACUAAAAACUGAAUAAUAUUACAUCGUUUCGGAGAGAUAAUGACAAUAGUCCGGGUCAUCAGUAUUGCUAUCAUUUCUGUUUUGCAAAUACAAAGUUUUCCAAUUUCAUCUCAUAUUUUCCAGGAUCAAACAAACAGAUGAGUAGCAAGAAGAUUUUGCUCCUGGAAAGCAACAAAGAGUCGCAUUUGUCCGAAAUCCCCCAGCCCACCUACAGCAAUCGUGUGUCAGCUGUCAGCCCCCGUUCCGUUGAGCUUUUCAAAAGUACAUAUAAACUCGAAUGAUUCUUCGAAAUCUCCCUUUUCAGAAUUAGAUGUGUGGGACAGGAUAUCGUCGUACAGAGCCAAGAAAAUCAACUCAAUGCAGGUAUUUCUGAGCGCAUUUCGAGUUUCAGCAACUGAAAAAAGAAAAUUGAGCUCUAUAUAUUUGUGUUUUUCGACCUCGGUAGACUGUUGAAAAAAAGAUUUUUUUGCGUUUUUUUAGUAAUUGAGGAAAAAAAUAGAAUUGAAAAAAAUGAGCUUUUUUUGUUUUCUGGGAAAUCAGUGGAUUUUUUUACAAAUGAUUUGAUCAGGAAGGAAUUAUAUCAAAGAAGAAAUUUGUAUUAUUAAAGACUAAUCUAAUUCUUGUGACAAGUUUCAAAUAAACGUGUGGUAUUGAAAAAAAGUGAAAAUUUAUUGAUUCAAUAUCAUAGGCGAAUCAAGAAAGGGUAUCGCGAUACCCUCUGAGGUAUAUCGCAGGCUCUGAAGUCUCCCAAUGGUACCUGGAGUAUACCUCUGAGGACUUUGAGAAAAAUGAAACGGGCUUGAGAGAGACUCCAAAGUACUUCCGAAAUGGCUCAGAUAUAGCUAAAAGGUAUGCUGCAGUUCACACGAUGGACACAUUAUGGUACCUUCACGAUUCGCCUGUGAUGUUUAUCUUUACAUGUUUGUUCUCCACCAAACUUGCAUAUAGACAAAUGAACCGCUUUUCAAGUUUUUCAGAUUUUCCAAUCUUCUUCUUUUUUUUCUUUUCAAUACGUAUAAAAAUAUUUUCCCGAAGUUCAGAUUUCAGAGUUUUAGGUGCUCGACUCCUGCUCAACCUCAUCUAUUCAUUUCGACCGGCCUAGCGAACAAGGCGAGUUUAUUCCGUUGAUUUUCAACAUCUGAAAGUAAUGAUUUCAGAAAUAGCGUACGUUAUCGAGAAUACCAUAAUCGUCGCGGCUCUCUUUGAAAAAUUGAAAUCUUUGUCCAGAAACUCUAAUUUAGACAUCCGAACAUCCAGCAUUGUCACAGAAUGCAUGUUAGUUUUACAUAUUUGUCUCAUCGAAAAUUUUUGUGAAGUUAAUUUUCGCAAAGGCAAAGUUUUAUCAAACUUUAAUUAGGCUUCUAUUUGACAAGGUGAAGUUUUUUUUAGAGUCCCUCAAUCGCUGGACGAUCUCGCGACGGUUUCUUUGGCCAGUGGAGAGACUUUCGAAACUUCUCUUUUGGUUUAUUCCGAUCUUUAUUAUAGUUUCCUUUCGUUUUGCAGAUAGGCGCAGAUGGAUUCAAUUCGAAAGUUCGACAGGCGGCCAACGUCGACUACACUUCUUGGAACUACGAUCAGUCGGGUCUCGUAGCCACAAUUGAAGUCGAGGUUCUAGAUUUUUGUAUUUUCAUUUUGUUUACUAGUGAGACAUUCGGAAAAUCAUCCUUUUUUUGAAAAAAACUAGAAAUAUUCAUCCGUUAGUUUGGUUUUUUAAAAAAACCUGGCUCUUUUUUUACACUAACAAAUAAUUAUUUUUUUCAAAAACCCUUUUUCAAUUUUUCGAGGCUAAAUAUUAACUAUAAAAUGUUCAUAUUGUAAAAUCACGAAAUUUGCGUUCUUUAAGCUGAACUUCUUCAAAAAAACAUUUCAAAGAAUUAUUUAUUAAAAAUUUUUUUAAAAAUUUUUAAUUAUUGAUCCAUGCAGUUCAAAACUUUCAGAAUCCUUAUGAACACCUAUCAAAGGGAAAUUAUAACCUAUUCAUUCUCGAGACCGAUUUUUUGAAAUAUUUUCAGAAAGUGUUCUAAACCUAACUUUCCGUUCAUUUUGUGAUCUUUUUUUUCAAAAGUGUUUCUGAAUUUGCUAUGAAGUUAAACUCCAGGCGCUGAACAACAACGAGACGGCGUGGCAACGAUUCACGCGACAAGGUCCCGUCGCACUUCUGCCUCUGUCGCCGUCGCUUUCCUCGCUCGUCUGGACUACGACUCCAGAAGAAGCCGAACGUCUCCGGCUGCUGCCCGAAGACCAGUUUGUCGACGAGCUCAACGACGCUUUGGUGAAAAAUUUUUCGAUGCAACGAAAUGUAUAGCACAAAGCAAAAAGAUUGAAAUUUUAUCAAAAAUUGAUUUUUUUUUUUCGAGCAAUGAAAACAUUUUAAUGAUGUUUAUGAAAAUGUUUUCCAAAGUCUGCACUAAGAAUAACUGACGAGAUAAACGCGAGCUCGGUGGCGGUACAUUGACGAACUCGCAAAAAUGUCGCCUUUUUCUAGUCGCGAUCUCGCAUUUAUCUCGGCGCGAACUCGCUUUUUUCUCGGCGCGACCUCGCAUUUAUCUUGCAUUUCGGAAAUUUUCAGAUUGCGAGAGAAAUGCGAGCUCGCGCCCAGAAAAAUGCGAGCUCGCGCCCAAACAAAUGCGAAACCGGCGCGAGAAAAAACGCGAGAUGUUUGCGAGCUCGUCAAUGUACCGCCAGCGUCUAGCGUUUAUCUCGGCAGUUAUUCUUAGUGCGCGUACCAAAAACUUCAUAUUUUCUUGCAGUUCUCCCAAGAAGACCAGAGCGGGGCAGUCAACCAGACUCUCUUCGCGGUGUCGCGACUCAUGCCAUUCUGCAGAAACGAGAACUUCCACAACGACGCCCAACCUCCGCAAGUCGUCCGACUUCAGACUGACACCCGAGCAACGUUUUUCUCUCGGCUUCGGCAACGCUCAUAGGUUUUUUUCAAUUAUUAUCGAUGAUCAAUUUCAAAAAAAUGGGUCGUGAAAAAAAGAACAAAAAAAUAAUUCGAUUUGGAAUUAUGGCACCGCUCUCAGAAAAAGCUUUUGUACAGAAUUUUCAAUCAAAUUAAAAUAUUUAUUUUUCACACACAACUACUAAAAUUUACGAAAUAGAUGUAGGAAGCGUGUAGGAACAUACCGCUCUAUUUUGAGACCAUUACCUCUCAGUUGGCUCGAUCUUCUUGUUGUAUUUUUGUAAAGGGAUCGCAGAUAGGCACUAAUAGUGUAGUUUAAUCGACAAAAUCCUAAAACAAUUUCAAAUAAGCAUUUUUUUCAUUUUUCAAAUGAAAUUAGAACUUGAGUCCAAAGUUAAUGUAUAACCUACUUCGCAACGGCUUGUCUCGUUUUUUUUUUCUAAAAAACCGCAUACUAAAUUUUAUCAAAUUUGACUAGCAUUCGCUUCAAGAACUGUUUUUCGCUCUUUUCUGCAAUUUUGUAGAGCGAACGCUGUUUUUUUUCUGCUAUUAUUUUGAAUCUUGAUCGUCGCGCGAGGAAAGCCCUUUAACAUAUUUUUGUUUUGAAAUAUUUGACAAAGCUCACAUUUAAAGUAUCUUUCGAAUCAAAUUCCGUGUAAAGUUUUCCCUCGAAGUGGUCGCUCUCCUUCUGAGACUUCCCCCUAAAGCACGGUCUCCGGUCUCCAGUCUCCAGCUACAACAUUCGCUACAUUCUGAGCUUGUCAAAGCGCAACUGGAUACACUACGCGCAGAAUAACGAGGCGAAGGAACGCAAGACCAUCGUUCAACUUUUUCGACUACACGCUAGGACGUCUAGUUCGCCAAAGGCGGUUGUUCACUAUAGCUUUUAAAGUUUUUUUUCACCGCCUAGUCAAUUACAUCUAUGACUAAAACAACAAAAUUAUUGAUUUAAAUCGUAAGACAUGAACUCCGAGGUCCAGAAUUGGCGUAAUUGUCUCAAAAGAAUAUUCAGUUACGUGACGUCACGAUGUGCUUUAAUCGGCGACGCAGCUCAUCGCGUUCACCCGCUUGCCGGUCAAGGAGUCAACCUCGGUUGGAACGACGUCAUCACACUUGAUAAAGUACUAACGAAGGCUGUUCGAGAAGGCGCAGAUUUAGGUAAACUCACAUCCGGUACUUCAUGUCUUCAGUUCAAUUCAGGGAGCAUCACCUACCUCCAGGAAUACGACACCACCUCGCAACGAUAUAACGUCCCCAUCAUGGUCUCCAUAGACUUUCUGAACAGAUUGUACCGAACUAAUGCUCCUGCGGUGGUCCUUCUCCGGUCCCUAGGUCUCUCAACCGUCAACUUCAUGAAACCCUUGAAGGUAACAAAAAUAUUUUUGCUUAUUUUCUAUCGAUCCCAAUCUUUUAAGGACUUCAUGAUCCACUACCUUUCCGCUUCUCGAUGA